UUGUAUUCAAAACAUAUCCUUAUAUGGAAAUAUUUCAAUACGAAACGGCAAUAUGCAAAAUAUAUAUAAAUGCAGAGCUAACGCUGCAUCGGUGGACAUAACAGUACCAUCCCAUGAACGGAUACCACUUGUAUAGCUACCAGACUGAGUGAACACAUCGCAGUAUGACUGGAUUACUCCAGCUGUUGUUAUUGGUCAGCACGACCCUUGCCUCGGAGCCAUCGGAUCCAGCGUGUUCCAAAUACGACUUCGAGGAAAAGGUGCUUGAGAGAAUGAUCCGCAUGGAAUUCGCGUUUGAGAAAGUGUUAACGGAAAACAAAGUUGUAAGCGAAACUGUUGAGCAAGACCUAACGAGGAUCAAGAAAGAAAACAAACGAUUGUACGACGUAGUUGAUGCCUUAAAGGCCGAACAUGAGCAAGCAGAGCGUAGACUGGUUUCGCUUAUGGAAGAUGUUAAGAGAAACCAAACCGUCACACUUGAGCAAGCAGAGCGUAGACUGGUUUCGCUCAUGGAAGAUGUUUCGACCAAUUCUAACAAUACCUUGGAACGAAUAAGUGCCGCCUUUGACAAUAUGACAGAUCAAAUCGCUACUCCACUGGUAAGCUUUCACGCCCGCUCUCCGCAGACAACCACCCUGUCCACAGGUGAGGUGAUCGUGUAUAAGACAGUGGAAACCAAUCUGGGCAACGGCUACAGCGCCACCACGGGCAAGUUCACCGCACCAGCACCGGGACUCUACUUGUUCUUCAUGCACACAUGUACGCCUCGAAAUAAAUAUGAUGUUCUUCAGAUAGUUAAGGAUGGUUCAGUUCUCAUUGCAAGUAUACAACGUGACAAUGACGAGUAUUCCUGUACUAGUAGUCAGGUGUUUGUACAGCUUGAUGCCGGAGAAACUGUCUGGGUAACAUGCUCCAGUGGGGAUUCGGACAGGCAACUGUAUGACACUUACCAAUAUUGGACAAGUUUUGGUGGUGCUCUCAUUCACAAAUGAUCUGUUAAGGUCAAUGACUUAAAACACUCAAAAUACAGAACAGAUACAAUGAAAGUGAAAAUCAAUUACGUAGUGAUUAAUAAGUUGGUUUUUAAUAAUAAUAAAACUAAUAAAAAUGUCUGUAAAAAUGAGAACACAUAUGUAAAUAAUUGUUGUGUUAUAAUAACGGAAGCUGUAUACGCAUGUUGUAUGCUUUGCCGUCAAAAAAUAACAAUUUAAUUAAUAUAAGGUCAGUUAUUCAUGUAUCGUUUUCCUGCAAUCCGUUGUUUUUUGUUUGUGAAUAUCGUUGAUAACUAUUCUUGGUAUAAAAAAGUUUAAAUCAGCGUUAAAUAUAUAAGUGUUGUCGUAAGUAGUGUCUGUAUCGUUUUCCUUCUCUCUGUUGUUUUAUUGCCUUUUUCUAGAAUAAACCUUGUUGCAAACGAG